GUUUAACUCUCGCACAGACAACACGCACUUUCACCGGUGACGAUAUAGCUACCUCGUGGAAGAUAACGUGAUUCAGUGUUAGUGAUAUACCUCCCAGAACGAGAUAAGAUGCAUCACACCGUAACGGGAUGGGCGCUGCUGGCGCUAAUAAGUUCAUCGGCCAUUCUCCAUACGCUGGCCUAUCCUCAGCAAGUCCCUCUUAUUUCACAGGCUACGAGUAGCGUGCGGACACAUAAUCCGCAAUAUUACAGCAACUCGUUACCAAUUCCCCAGCAAGUACAAGCAGAAGAGCGUAAAUUCGCCGAGAAGUCCAACGCACUCAAGAAGGUUGCUUUGGACGACAUUGAUGAAAUUCAGACAAACUCUAUCUCCGACGGAGGCUUCUCCUGGUCAAACAUGCUCGGUAUGCUUAUGCAAAUGAUUUUCAACCCCGGCACGACAGGACCUAACAAGAGCGACAGCAUCGACACCGAUUCAGUUUCGCCAUCACCUUGGGCCAACUUACUAUCAAUGGGUCUUAAAAUCCUUACUGCCAUUCUCGGAGGGGGAGCAUCAAGCGAUGGUAUUGACAAAGUAGACAACGGCUCAUCUCCAAUGCAGGGUAUAUUGGCUGCGGUUUUGUCGACGGUGCUCGGUGCAAAAGAUCCCGACCAGGUCGCCUCCAUGGCAAAGCAGGCUGGAGAGUUCAUUAACAUCGUCGUUAAUCUUUUGGACGCCUUGAAGACUUCAUUCUCUCAUAGGUCAUUGGCAGCGAGAUCGAUGGGCCGCAAAGAUUCAGUCAGUGACGCAGCGCUUGCCGGCAUUGCCAUGUUCAAAACCUACGUAAGGUCAUUCGGCACCAAUGAUGACAAGUGUCUGCAAAAAUACGUCUGCGAUGCUAACACUGAGUGCUCUGAUGACAUCGGCCCCAAGAGCGUGUUCUGUCAAUUCGGAACUUACGCUGCAAGCUUCGUUUUGGAAAGGCAAUCCGGAGGCACUUUCGAUGACUUCUAUGAGGCUGGUCGUCGAGGCCGUUCAGGCGUUGAUUGUCGCCAAAUGUAUCUCCAAUGCAAUGAAGUUUAAUGCCAACAGAAAAAUCCGCCAAAACAUCUUGCGCGACUUCAGAAUUAGUGAUAACAAAUCUAAUAAGUAGCUUAUCGUUUCCAAAGUUUUACCUCUUGGAAUUGGCAUUUCUUAAAUUCCGUUUCCGCAGAUAAUUGAAGGAUAUUUAAAUAGUCAAAAUAGGAUUCGUUUUAAAGUCGGUGGGUACAUUGAAGUAUUAUGUAAACUACUGACGCAAUUAACUACGUUGGCAUAUUUUGCUCGAGUUAUCCCAUCGCUCUUAUUGAAACAGCGUCAAGUAUAGUGUUUAAAUAAUUUAUUAAAUUAUUUAUUUAUUUAAUUUAUUUUAGGCGUAAAUGUGUAAACGGUAAACUUGUCCCACAUUGUUAUACAUUCCAUGAAACCCUUAGAAGUGAGUAUUGUAAAAUGUUGCGUAAUUGGCACAUUGUUUAUUGUAUAAACGAUGUAAUAUUCCGCCAGUUUCUCGAUUAUUGACGACUGAUGUAAAAAGUUAUAUGUGGUAUAAAUUAAUAUUUAUAUCACUUAAUAGUUAGUAUUUAUGUAUAUUUUGUGCGACUGAGUGAUUGAGGACGUCCUUGUGUGCUUGUGAUUGUAAAUUAAUAAAAAAUAAUUAU